AUGUGGCCGGAGGUGACCGCCGAUCCGGCCUUCAAGGACAAGGUGAGCAGCGCGAGAGUUCUGGCUGUGGGUGCCGGCGGCAUAGGAUGCGAGCUCCUGAAGACGCUUGUGCUGACCGGCUUCAAAAACAUCGAACUGAUCGACCUUGACACGAUUGAAACAAGCAACCUCAACAGGCAGUUCCUCUUCCGAAAGCGCCAUGUGGGCCAGAGCAAGGCACAGGUUGCGGCAGAGGCUGUCUUGCAGUUCAAACCCGAUGUGAAGAUCACUGCACACCAGGCUAACAUAAAGGAACUAAAGUUUGGCGUGGACUACUUCAAGGGGUUUGAUGUCAUUCUGAAUGGACUGGACAAUUUGGAUGCCCGGAGACAUGUGAAUAGGUUAUGUCUGGCGGCAGGGGUGCCAUUGAUAGAGUCAGGGACUGCCGGUUAUUUGGGCCAGGUCAACGUCCAUGUGAAGGAUCUCAGCCGGUGUUUUGAGUGUGAUGAGCAUGCUGCUCCCAAGACAUUUCCAAUAUGCACCAUUCGAAACACUCCUGAAAAGCCAAUACACUGCGUUGUGUGGGCAAAGGACCUUCUGUUCCCACGGCUCUUUGGACGGCAAGAUGCUGUUACAGAUCUGGACGAACAGAGAAAGGAGGUCAAUGGUAGCUCCAGCAGUCAGGCGGACGGUGCAGUCCAGGGCCCAAGCUUUUUCUUGCAGAAACAGGGGGAGAACAGUUACGACUAUGCCAAAAGGAUAUUUCGAAGAGUUUAUGAACAGGACAUCGAACAAGUCAAAACAAUGGAUGAACUGUGGAAGACAAGGCGUCCUCCACAGCAGUUGGACUUGAAGGAGAUUCUCGAUCAGCAGACAUUGCCAGAGACAGCAAAUGGAUAUUCAAGUGCAUCCAGAGCGCUGGGACUGACAGAGAGCCACAAGGCAUGGGACCUGUGCGAGAAUGCCAGGGUCUUCCUGGCAAGCAUAGCAAGAUAUGUGGACACCCGGCCUGACGAAAUCGGCACCUUGGUCUUUGACAAAGAUGAUGACUUGGCAGUCGACUUUAUCACAGCAGCGUCCAACUUGCGGGCUCUGGCCUAUGGCAUCCCCACACAAAGCCACUUUGAUGCAAAGGGGAUGGCUGGCAAUAUUGUCCAUGCCAUAGCAACCACCAAUGCCAUCACAUCAGGGCUCAUUGUUACGGAGGCCCUGAAGAUAUUAGCAAACGACCUUGACAGCUGCAGGGAGACCUAUUUGACUGAGUAUGCAGAGAGGAAGCAUGUGGUCAUGCUGAACCCAUCUCGGCCAUCUCAGCCCAAACCGGACUGCAUGGUUUGUGGCUGCUCCAUGCUGAGCCUCAAGAUCAACACAACAACAGCAACAUUGGCCACUUUUGUGGACAAGGUUCUUAAGAGCCGUUUGUCUUUCAACAUGCCCACAAUUAUGUGUGGGGACUUCUUGUAUGAGGAAGGCGAUGGAUUGGAGGAUGAUGAGCUGGAAAUGUACUCAAGUUGGCUUCCGAAAACGCUAUCUGCCCUGCCUGGUGGAGGCAUUGGGAAUGGCGCAAUUGUGGACGUGCAAGAUCAAUCGCAGCACUUCUCAGUGAAAAUCGUAGUGUCUCACCAGGAUAACUUCGACGAAGAGAAGCACCCAGACGGUGUCAUCCUUGAAGGGAGUGCCAAAUCCACCAGACAGGCUCACCAUGCCUCCUCUUCUGCGAACCCGGUUGCGGAAUUGAGCAACGGGGCCCAGAGCUGCCCAGAUGACAACGAGGUGGUCAUUGUGGGCAGCAAGGGCAUCACUGGCUUCAAGAGGGCCCGGUGUGAUGAAGGGGACGACGAUGACGUUGUAAUUCUUGGAGAGCCACCUGCAAGGGUGGGAACGACGCCAAACGGGAAAAGGACGAGACUGUGA